GCGACGCCUGGAGUGGCGGUUGUUUCAAGAUGGCGGGUGCGGCGGGCCCCUCCCUGCCGGGCUCUGCGUUCUGGAGCCGCGACUUUUCUGAUGAAGAGCAAUCAGUAGUUUAUGUUCCAGGACUCUCCUCAGAAGGAAAUACAAGAUCAAGACUCAAGUUGAUAAAUCCAAAAGUUGAUGUUAAAGUUAAGACUUGCAGGGUGGCUGAUGCUUCCAUCACCAUGGAGUCUUUAAAGGGUGCAGGAGAUUCGGUAGCUGAACAGAAUUUCUGCAAGGGAGGAAUGAAGAGUGCAUCACUGAAAGAUUUAUGUCUUGAAGACAAAAGACGCAUUGCUAACUUAAUUAAAGAACUGGCCAGAGUAAGUGAAGAAAAGGAAGUGACAGAGGAGCGACUGAAAACUGAGCAGGAGUCCUUUGAGAAGAAGAUCCGGCAGUUGGAAGAGCAGAAUGAACUGAUCAUCAAAGAAAGGGAAGCUCUUCAGCUACAAUAUAGAGAAUGUCAAGAACUUCUUAGUCUCUACCAGAAGUACCUAUCAGAGCAGCAAGAGAAGCUCACCAUGUCACUCUCAGAACUUGGUGCUGCUAGAGCACAGGAGCAGCAGAUAACCAAUAGGAAAAGUACUCACCAGUCUUCGUUGAUGGACCUGGAUGGUUCCUACUUGAGUGUAGCCAAACCACAAAUCUACUGUCAGACCAAGGCAAGGCCUAAGUCAGCAACCCAGGUCUCAGUUUCAGAAUCGCUAACGGCAUUGAGGAAUAAUUCUUUGAAACCAAUAAUUCUUCAUCAUCAGAAAGAGGGUUUAGAGAGGAUGUCAUCAGAAACCAGAACAGGUGCUUCUGAAUCUCCAGGGAGGAAACCAAUAGAUGCAGCCCCAAUAGAGAAAGUCCUACCCUCAGAGGAGUUGAAGAUAAAGGAAUACCCACACCUUCCACACACUCCAUCAAGUCAUCACUGUGGUCAUAAAUGCUCUGAAAGUGAAAAUUAUGUUCAUGAGAACUACCAGCCUGCAAACAUGGCCCCUCAGUAUUGUAAGACACAUCCGGAAUCAUGCAGUCAUUGUGGGCUUUCCUGGGCCCACAUGCAAGGUAGAGUGACACUGCAACCCAGUGAAACUGAUGCCAAAAAGCAACUCUCAGAAGAUCGGAGGCAACAAUUGAUGCUUCAGAAAAUGGAACUAGAAAUUGAAAAGGAACGCCUUCAGCAUCUUUUGGCCCAGCAAGAGACAAAGCUUCUCCUCAAACAGCAGCAGCUGCACCAAUCCCGGCUGGAUUACAACUGGUUAAGGACUCAAGCUAUAUUUAAGUCUCGAGAACUGGUUACUGAUAAAAAAUUUAAUAAACCCCAAGAACUCGAUCUCGAUGUGAGUGGUAGUGACUCUGGACUAAGCUUAUUGAAGUUGAAAUGUGACGGAUGGCUGCGUGGAACCUCAUCAUCCUUCAAAAAGUGCCCAAACUCUCCCAACAGUGGACAAAGCAGGAGGGAGAAGAAGACAGUUGAGUUUCAGUCCCAUGUGGAGGAUGACGUCCAAUGGAUGUGCCAGCAGAAAGAUGCAUGCAGACCCCAGAGAGAGACAGUGACAGGAGUUAGAAAAGAUGCAUCUACAUCUCCUAUGCCAACAAGAAGCCGUAAGGACCCCAUGACCCCAGCUUCGUCAUCAUCCCAGCACACCACCUCACGGUAUGAGACAUCUCUGUUGGAUUUGGUUCAGUCUCUGAGCCCAAAUUCUGCUCCCAAAUCUCAGCCCCAUCCCUCCAGAGCAGCAGGAGUGUGGAGUGCUUUCCGGCCUAGCCCUCAGAAAUCUACCUGGAAGAAAGUGGGGACACACAAGAGCCCUGAAGACCUGGAGGAAAAUCAGAUUCUGGAAGACAUAUUUUUCAUAUAACUCUGAAGCACAGGCUACAAAAUUUCCAUAGGAAAUAUCUGGGUUCCUUUACAUACUGAUGUAGGAUGUUAAAUUACUUAAUUGCAAAACAGCCGACUCCUUUCACAGGGACCUAUCUUUCUAGCAUCCUCUUAAGUAUCAAUACAGAAAUCAUACUAAUAAAUCAGGGUGGUUUUUGUCAGAAAACACACUAAAACCGAAAACAGGCUAAAAGAGGUGGGCUUAGGGAUAGGAUCUUUUCUAUGCCAAGGAUUAGAAAUUUAGGAUACUUUGUGCAUCUCAGACACCAUGGAUAUCUACUAUCAUUUUUAAGAGUAUUUUCCAUUCACUGCUGCAAAAAGUUGGCUCUUCCCUUACAUAGGAAAAUAUCCACUUCAGAAAUGUUCUUCCUUCUUCACCCUUUCUCUCCUCACUAAGUGUGGCUGUUCAUUCCAAAAUUGAAGUUAGUGACCUUAAUAUCACCACUACUUGGGAGCAAAAGCAUGAGAAUCAUAGUGAUCAUCAUCAACAUGAUCAUUGCUGCCCCUUACAACAGAAAGCUCAGUGGAUUAAGGGAAGUUUCCAGCCAGACUGGCCUUAAGCCACAGGUGAGAAUGGCUGCCUGGGGAAAUCUAUCAGUGUUCGUGAUGGGCAUUUCUUGUUGACUCCAGUUCCAGGUGUUCUUGUGAACUUCCCUCACGGUUGUGUCUGGGGAAGACAGCACUAGAGAAAGAGUGCCCCCAGUGGCUGCAGGUUGGCAGGUGCAUUCUGCCCUUGCUCACUCCCUAAGGAUGUCCUAUCCUACUUUGACUGCCCUGGGUACAGAGCUAGGAAAGCUCUGCUGAGCAUCCUUAUUGACCUAGAUAGGAAUCCUUUCCGUCCAGACUGAGAUCAGUCCUAUUGAUUCUACCCGGUCUCCCUUCCCUUCGAGACUCUCAAUUCCACGCUCUUCAUUUGAGGCAAAUACAAGGGCAAGACAAAUUACUUGCAGUCAUUCCCUUGGGAAGUUGAAAGUUCAUUGCAGAUUCCAAUUUCCUUUUCAAAUUCAAUCAGACUUGUUCUAUUUCAAAACACCUUUAGGCUAUAUCUUUGGAGUGGCAGAAAUGGCAGUUAGGUUUCCAGAACCAUCUUCUCUCUGUCCUGUGUGUCACAGACAGCUUCUCUAUACCUAGUCCCUUAGACGUGCUAUAACUCUAAUCACUCAUCCUGAGCAUCAGUGUUCUUGCUACUCCAAAUUAUGUGUCUCCGGAAGAAUAGGAAGUAGAAUCUGAUCUCUUUAAGAAGAUUAUUAACCCUUGGGAAAGUCAUAAACAGCCUAAAAAUCAAAGGCUUAUUCUGGGUGCCAUGCCAGUGAAUGGAAUUUAAUUGCUUGUGCAUCUUACCAACAGGAGAAGUUUUUAAGAGAGAAAAAAACUGAGUUUUCAGGGGAGCACCAGUGAACACAAUUUUCAUACUUCACACUCCUCACCAGUUGCCUUCUCUGUUCUGCAGGCAUUUUUUUUUUGGCAUUAAUAUGAGGGUGGUAGGAAGGGAAUAUGUAUAUAACCUAGUGCCUUUGUUACUAAUUGAAUGAUAUAUGUUAACAUUUUAAUCUAUAUUAAAUUUACUUUGACAUA